AUGCCGGACGAAAUAAAAGUCGGCAAUGUCACAAUGUGGAUGAUGAUCAUACACAUGCCGGACGAAAUAAAGUCGCCAAAUGUCACAAUGAGGAUGGUGAUCAUACCCAUGCCGAUCGAAAUAAAGUCGGCAAUGUCACAAUGUCUAGUUUGGAUGAUUGUUUCGACGAUCGCUCGUUGGGAUGGGAUUCCGAGGGAUACGUCACGUUUGACUUUGGGUCGUAGGUUGGGACUCGGUGGUAAGGGCUUGGGGUUCCGGGUCGGUGUCGGUGUUGGGUCAUGGAUGGAUGGAGCAAAGAUGGAUAGGCGAGGGUGUUUCAACGAAAGAGGAGAGAAAGAGAAAGAGAAAGAGAGAGGAAAUACCUCAGGAAAAGUAUGGACCGUAUCCGUAUUCCUAACCAGUGGUACGAUCCCAUGA